AAUUAUCCAUAUGGUUCUUAUUUAUAAGAUCAAAAUUGAAUUUACCAACAGAACCACAUAGUGAACAUGUUGCUCUGGCUCCCAGCAUACCCAACAUUCCAACCUGGCUGGGACCUAGAAGAAAUCCAUGCCACAUUCUUCAAAUGCAUAAGUUGGCAAGUGGAGGAAACCUUGGAUACAAUCAAUUGCCCUUACCAUUAUUUCUGUGAAAAAACAUAUCCUGCAAAUUAUCCACUUCAUGUUGAUAUCUUAGUCCUUCUCUUCACAACAGCUUCUUACUUGGUGACCCUUGUCAUGGUUAUAAUGGACAUGUUCUCUGCAAGAGGAAGGAUCCUUUUGGGUCAAUCAAAAAGAUUCCUUUUGCCCUCUGGUCCUAUAUCCCUCCCACUUAUAAUCUUAGCAUUUGCAAAGGGUCCUCAAAUCAACACAAUAUUCCCACUCUCUUGCCUUGGUCCUGCAAUUCUUCUGAUGGUUCUCAUUUCUGCAUUGUCCUUUGACAAUGGAGCUGAUAAGGACUUUAAGUACACUUUUUUUGUGGCAUCAACAGUGUCUGGCAUUUUGCAUGCUAGCUUGUAUCUGGAUUCUGUUGUGUUGCCUUAUUAUACAGGUUUUGAUGCACUCAUGUCUUCAACAUUUUCAGGUGAGUGUGCAUCUUGUGUGUGCAGGAAAGAGGCUUUGGUUGUGGGAGGGAAACUAGUGAGGUAUAGGGGUUGGUCAAUGACCACUUUUUUUGUUGUGGGGGUGUUGUGUUUGAGGAUUGUUUGUAAGAUCUCAGGGGAAAAUUAUGCAGGGAAAUUGUUGCCCAUCAAAGCCUUCAUGGAAAGGUUUAGUUGGAUCUUAAUAACUGUAGAUUGUGUUUAUCUCACAGUGCACUCACCACCAGAAAGAGUAAUGUUGAGGGUUGCUGCUUUUGGAGGCAUAUUUCUUUUGAUUUUCCUUCAAGUCCUCAAAGAGGCAUGCAGUAAAAUUUACUCAAUGGCAUAUGUGGCACAGAAACUGAGAUGGUUAUCAACACCAUUGCAAACAAUAUGAAGAAAAAGCAAUUGUGAAAAGAAAAAUGGAUUUUGGGAAGUCAAUAGUAUAGUUUUGUUGUAAAUACAUGCUCUUACAUAACAUGCCAUUGCAAUCCUCUUCAAGU